AUGGUGCAGUCUCGCAAGAUCGUCUGCCAGAAGUUGUCCACCAACUUCCGCGAGUGCACGGCCAUCGUGCCGUUCACGGUGCCUGUGCUCAAGCAGGGCGAGGUGCUCGUGCAGACCAAGUACUGCGGCAUCAACGCCUCCGACAUCAAUUACACCAACGGCGCCUAUCUGCCAGGCGUUCAGCCGCCCUUCGACUGUGGCUUUGAGGCCUUGGGCAUUGUGCUGGAGGUGGGCCCAGGUGUGACUAAGCUCAAGAAGGGCGACGCUGUGGCCUCCACCUCAUACGGCGCAUUCACCGAGCACCUGGUGGCCAAGGAGCGAUACCUGGUCAAGGUCCCUGCGGCCGUUCCAGAAGUGCUACCAAUCAUUGUGUGCGGUCUGACAGCGUCCAUGGCACUCGAGUACGUGGGUAACAUGAAGCACGGCGAGACGGUGCUCAUCACGGCGGCUGCAGGCGCCACGGGCCAGUUCGCCGUGCAGCUGGCCAAACUCGCCGGCAACCACGUGAUCGGCACGUGCAGCUCGCCCGACAAGGUUGAGUAUCUGCGCUCCAUCGGCUGCGACCGCCCCAUUAACUACCGUGAGGAAAAGGUGUACGACGUGCUCAAGAAGGAGUACCCGCGCGGCGUAGACCUCGUGUUCGAGAGUGUGGGCGGCGAGAUGUUCGAGGCGUGCGUCAACAACAUCGCGCGCAGGGGCCGCAUCAUCGUCAUCGGAGCCAUCGCUGGCUACCAGGACUCGAGCACGUGGAAGCACAAACCCAGCAAGGCCACGACGCCGCUGCCGUCCAAGCUGCUGGCCAAGUCUGCGUCUGUGCGCGGCUUCUUCUACAACGACUACUUCCGCGAGUCGCACGCGCACAUCAAGAAGCUCACGACGCUGGUGCAACGUGGCGUGUUGAACGCUGGCGUGGACCCAGCCAACUUCUACGCACUCGAGGACAUCCCCAACGCCAUUGACUACAUGUACGAGCGCAAGAACAUCGGCAAGAUCGUCGUGGACCUCACUAAGGGCUCGCCCAAGCUCUAA